UGUUGUGGUCGUGACGUCACGCCGAGAAGGCCACUGAGUGCUCCGCCGAGACUUAUUUUCGUGGCCCCGUUUGUCCGCUUUUGGCCCCCGAGGCAGGACGUGGCAGGCCGGCGCAGGUCAUGAGAGGUUCGUGAGGCCACUGCAGGUCGCCAGGAGCGGUGUGAUGAGCCAGCAUGGAGAAAUUUGCUGUUGACCUCGACAAAGUGUUGGAUGAUUUUGAGCUUGAUGAAGAUGAGAUCGAGUCAGUGGGUCACUAUGAAAAACUGCAGCUACAGUUCUGCCCUGAGGGUGGCCCUGCCGGGCCUGCCACAAGCACAGCCCCAGCCCCUGCCCCUGCCCCUGCCCCUGCCCUGCCAACACAUGGGGCAGGGCUGGGGGCCUUCGGUGGGUGGAGUGAGCCCAUGCAGCCCCAGGUAGUCAGUGGUUUAGGGGAUGGGUUGAGGGGUUGGUGUGGGGUGGGGACACAACCCCACCCACAGCCUCCACGUGCCCGCAGCCCCCCUGAUGGCCAGAAUGAUGAUGCCCAGCCCCCUGCUGCCUGCUCCCAGCCUCCUCAACCCAUACCAAAGGAAGAUGUGGUGGAUGGCAGUGCACAUCCUGUCAGCCAAGCUGGCCCCUCUGCCCUCUGGCCUGCCCUCUCCAGUCCACCCAGCCUCAGGGCCGGAUUCCCUCACCCAGGGGAUGCCAGACUUGUGUCCCCACCUGAUAAUGCCCUGCCAGGUAUAGGGGAGGGAGGGGGGUUUGGGGGGUUGGAUGUGGUGCCUGCCAGCAUGCCACAUGACCGGGGGCUAGGUGGUGGGCAUGAGGCAAGGCACCCAGACAUUAUAGAUGUGUGGCAGAGCACUGGAGAGGCUCCACCUCAGCCUGCCCAGCCCUCCCCAAGCCCGCCUGGACCACCGCCAUCCAGUGGGGGAAUGGGAGGAGGAGCUAGAGUAGGACAGGAGCACCCACGUCUGCCUGACUUGAUGGGUGGGAGCAGCCUGGAGCCAGCCAUAGUAGUGGAGAACACCCUCGCCCAGUCCCACCCACACUCCCGGCCUCAAGACCCAGCCAUUGUGGUGGAGAGCCGGCCCGCCCACCGCCUCCCAGAGGUGGCCAACGUGCAUCAGACAGCUGAGAGUCAUGCCCUCAGCCCUCCUGCCCGACAUCUCACUCAAGGCAGGGGUCAGGAGGAAGUAGAUGGUUCUGCCUCAGCCUCAGCCCCACCCCCACACCAGGACCUCCCACCCACCAGCUGUGAUAACCCACCCAGUUCAGAUCCAGCCCCACCCACACAGCCCUCACCACCACAGCAGCUACCUGUCCCUUCCACACCCCCUCCAUAUGAGGCCUCAGCACAGCCCCCCACACCCCCACAGUCCCCCACACCCCCACUGCACGCCACCUCCCCACCAGUAUCCAUAUCACAAGUUCCUCGGCCAUUGGCAUUCAGCAAGAAUGUGGAUAUUGGUGAUGCUGACCUUGAUGCUGAGUUGGCUGAGCUAGAGGAAGAACAAGUUAGGCUACAAGGUGCAUAUGGGGCUGUAGGAGGCCCUUCCCCACCACACAGCAACCUUCCCCAAUGCCAAGGCAGCCCCAAGGCAAGCCCUGACCUCAUUGGUGGGGCUGGCCCAUCACAAGAUCACCAGGAAGGGGACUUGAGAAAUGGAGAGUCAGUCCCCACCUCAGUUAGCCCCAGUAACGUUGCUCACAGCCCACCUGACAGCCCCCAGAACCCAGCUGACAGCCCUCCUGACAGCUCAUCAGACAGCCCUACCAGUCCACCAGACCCCAGUCACAGCCCCACGGAGUCCCCAGUUCCAGGCCCUCAAAUUCCUGGAGAGGACUCUGGCUUUCUGCAGCACUCAGGCAUCUCAGGGCUGCAAGAGGUGGUGUGCCAACCCCACCACACCCCUGGUGGGGAGACAGUAGGGGAAAGGGGUGUUGGGGCUGUGGGAGAUGUAGGGGCUGAUAACAUCUCUACUGGCAGCCUCAAUACAGACACACUGUCAUCCAGCAGCACCUUGACAGACCCUGGGUCCCCAGACAGACAGCCCCUAGCUCAGCCCCCUUUACAGCAGCCCCCACACCACCACCCUGCUGGCCCUCAGUCACCCACCAGAGUUGCUCCAGGAGCACUGGUUACUGCAGUCUAUGACGACGACAGUGGGUCAGGGCGGGAGGACGAGCCGUCUUCCCAGCACCCAGAGUCUCCCUCUUCGAUGCAACCACCGGGGGGGGCGGGGAUGAGCCUGGUGGGACACGUGGCUCCCUUCUGGAUACCAGACGAGGACGCCCCAAACUGCCAGGAGUGUGGGCUGAAGUUUACAGUUAUCCGACGACGACAUCACUGCCGGGCAUGUGGGCGUGUGCUGUGUGCACCCUGCUGCCACCACCGGGCCCCCCUCCCAUACAUGGACCACAAGGAGGCCCGUGUAUGCACCUCCUGCCUACAGAUACUACAGGCUGGCCAGGAAGAGGGUGGGGAGGGCAGUGACGGGCGGUGGGGCAGCAGGGGAGAGGGGACCACCCCCCCACGUCGUCUCCCCGACCCCAACAACCCCAUGGAGUACUGUUCUCGAGUGCCGCCCCCUCAGCAAGCUGCAGCAGCUCCUCCCGUCCCCCCACCCACUGUCAUGGUUCCUGUGGGGGUGCUGAAGCGUGAGGGCAGCAGCAGCAGCAGUAGUGGCGGCGGCAGCGGUGGGGGUAGCUCCCGCACCCGGGCGAGCAAACAGGUCAUGUUCAGCGACGGGAUAAGACCCGGAGGUGACCUGAGUGAGCCCGUCCUCUCCCCCCCCGUCCCCUACUGUAGGACAGGGCGGUCUGCCAGGAGGGUGGAACGCCCCACCUGCGGUGGUGGUGGUGGUGGAGGUGGAGGAGGUGGAGUUGGAGGAGGGGGGAGUGGAGGAGGUGGUAGUGUUGGUAGUAGUGGAGGGGGAGGGGGGGCCCUUCUCCGUUCCCUCCCCCCUGACCGCUGCCUCAUCCCGCCUGGUACCGGCCUACCCCCCAUUGUGGUUCAGACUCCCUCGACAGGAGAGUAUGUGUUUGAGGACAACCCCGACUCUGCCAAGUUGGAGGAGCAGAUGCGUGGCGACGGCCCUCCGGUCAUUUUUGCUGUGCAUAAGAACCUCACCGUCCUUGUCAAGCUGGUGAAACUGGAAUGCUGUGUUGGUGUGGAGGUGUGGAACCUGGCCACGCGGGGGCUGUGCACAGCGGGCCAGGAGGAGCUGGUGGUGCUGCUGGAGGUGGCCCCCGGGGAGACACACCCACCCAGGGACCUCUUUGCAUUCUUUCACACUGUUUAUCAACAAGCCAACCAAGGCAACCUAGUGACGGAGCUUGGUCACACUAUCUUCACGGAAUCUGAGGGGCUGCUGGGGUCCCGGGAGCAUGGUGGGUUCCUCUAUGUCCGCCCUACCUUCCAGUGCCUCCGCAACUUGGUGCUGCCACCCUCACCAUACAUCUUUGCUGUGCUCAUACAAAAGUGGGAGACACCGUGGGCAAAGGUGUUCCCCCUCCGGCUGAUGCUGCGUAUGGGAGCUGAGUUCCGCUACUACCCCUGCCCCCUGGUGUCCACUAGAAACCGCAAACCAGUCUUCUGUGAGAUUGGACACACCAUCAUGAACCUGCUGGUGGACUUCCGUAACUAUGCCUACACCGUCCCAGCCAUCGAAGGCUUUGUCAUCCACAUGGAGGACAAGAAGACCAGCCUCUUGUUCCCCAAGAAUAGAUAUGAACAGGUAACCAAGGCCCUGAGCAACAGCAACGACCACGUGCUGGCCCUGGGCGCCAACUUCAGCCCCCAGGCUGAUUCCCACCUGGUCACCAUAGAGAAUGAUGAUGGCCACUACUCCACCCAAGCCAUCAACAUACACAGUCGGCCACGCAGAGUGACCGGGGCAAGCUUCAUUGUUUUUAAUGGGGCUCUGAAAACCACCUCGGGGCUGUCAGCCAAGUCCUCCAUCGUAGAAGACGGCCUCAUGGUGCAGAUUCCUGCAGACAUGAUGGCCAAGCUUCGGGAGGCUCUGCAGAACAUGCGAGACUUUGACAUCCCCUGUGGCCCCACUUCAGCCCCACAACCAGAUGAAAUGGUGGUGAUACGAUGGACCAACGAUGACAAAAACUUCAAUGUGGGCAUCAAGAGUCCAGUGGAUGAGAAGCAAAUGGACGGCAUUCCAUCAGUGAAGAUCCACUCGGGCACAGACUACAUCAGCAACUCUCACCUCAUACGCUGGACUGAGGUGUUCAUUUUACAGGGUGAGACCAACAACACUGCCGACAUCAAUCUGAGUCGUCUAUCUGAGCUUCUGGCACGGUCAUUUUGCGUGGCUCUCACCCCACACCUGUCCGAGCUGUACACCACUGGUCACACCCAUCUGGGCCUGCGCACCACCCUGCACCAGGACAAUGUGGGGUACGAGGCAGGAAGUGGUGGAGCAAGGCUUGCACCCGCGUGCAUGAAUGAUCUGGACAACGAGUUGGUGCCCGUGAUCCACCGUGCAGCUGCCAGCAUCACCCAACAGCCCAUCAUCCUGGAGCUGGUUUUCCACAUCAUGGAGCAGUGAGGAGCAGCACUGGUGUCCAGGAGGUGGGACCAUGAGGUGUGCCUGCCUGACAGCACCGCUGGUUGGUCGACUCAUGAUCUGUUAUCAGUAACACUUGGACCCUCAUAGUCUUAAGAUACCUCUUUAUUGUAAUAAUGGUCUCUCCUUCACCACAACUUACAAAAAUUGUAGAUUUGAAUUUAGUACUUUUGAUAAUUUAUGCCUGUUCGAGUUUAUCUUACGAACUUGGGAAGUAAGGCAUAUUCUUUUCAAACAAAAUAUGUAGUACAACUCAAGAGUUAUGAUACAAAUAUCACAGUAUGAAGUGUUAAUUGUUGAUUAUCUGAUUAUUUCCACCUUGUCCUGAAAAGAAUCAACCAAAAAUAACAAUUUUCCCCUUGCUACAUGAUUCUACGUAUUUCAGUAUUUUGCCGUUAAUCAUUGGCGACUAUGAAUGCCAUUUUUAUUACCUGCACCAGUAAAUCUUGUGUUCCUGCAUGGACCUACCUGGUGCUGAACUAUGCCAUGCAACAAGUGCAAGGGUACAUGGUGGCUCUUGAGCUGAAGGUCUCUAUUUGCUCCAAUUUUCGUCUGUUAUUGAGUUGUGAGGGAAGGAAGGGAGGGGGGAUGGGGGGGGAGAAGGGGAAAGUACUAUGUAGGCCUAAGGCACCCUGUAGUCAGUACUCUAAGACUUUGAGGGAACUUUGGAAAGUCAUGUAAAUCUUCAAGCCUUAAAAAGAGCUAAUAUGUAAGGACUGAGGCCAGGACUGAAUGCCUGAUAGAGUAUUUUCAUCUUAUAGGCUGGUCGCCUGGCCUCUGUGAGGGUGUUGUAGUCUUUGGUUGUAAGGGGGGAGGGCAGGAUGGGUGGUGGGAAAUAUGAUUCCUGAAUAAAAAUCUAAUUCUUUAAUGUUACAUAUGUUACAUACUAAUAAUGACCAUAUUCAUUGUAAAUAUAUUUUUUUCUUUGAGAAAUUAUGUGUGCAUACUUAAGUUAAAAGGGAGAUUAUCAGAAUGCAUUUGAAGGUGAAAAUAAUGGCAUCAAGGUGAUUUUUUUUUUCAUAAGCUUCACCCGUUAGGAAGCUUCAAUAGGUGAAGCUAUAUUAUCAUUUCAAUACCAGAUAAAACUUUUAAAGAAAAUACACAUUACAGGGUUUUAAAGCUGUCACUUUCUAUGGUGUUUUAUCAAGCUUAAAGUUACCCCACCAUAUUUUUGCUUAAUUUUAAGCACCACAAAGCCUGUCUUGGAUCAAAAGUAUUCUAGAUUAGAUUUAAUCAGUACCUUUUUAUCAGUCUGGAAAAAAAUCAGAUACUCUUCUUUCUUUAGGAUGGCAGUAUAGUCAACAUGCUUCAAGGCCUUUUAGUUGCCAUUUCAGCCAGAUCAACCUGUUACUCAGCACCAUUCAAGAGUUGGUGUUCUGUAUAUAACAGUUUUUUGGUCUGGAUUUGCUAACAUUAUGAUUCACCAAAACAAAUUCUCAAAAACAUCUUGGCUGUGAUUCAUUGAAACUUGCUUUUUGUUUACUGAAUAUUUCUCUAAGAUUAUUAGUAGGGAUCACAGGCUCAGGCUAUCAUCAUACCUUGUCUACAGCAAGAGUGAGUGAAUGAGUGAGAGGUACAGUAGUGUGUUAGAAUAGAUAAAAAUAUAGUUACUUGUACUACAAGUAUGAUUCUUUAAUUUAAAUCUCCUUGGUUAUACAUAAACCCAUGCUCAGCGAACACUUACUAUUGUUAUAUCCUUGGAAACUAUCUUUGGUACCCAGUGUUUAAUGAUUUCCCGUCCCCUGCCAGCCACACUCCCUGCCGGGUCUAGGGCUCUGGGCAGCAGUUCCUUGGUUGUAUGUUAAGUUACCUCUGCCGAUCAAGUAUACCGGUUGUUGUACAAUUAUUCUCAACUCGAACAUCUUUUAGUAGUUUGUCAUUGGUUCUAAAGAAUAUAUUUAUGUAAGUAACUUUAAAAGAGAAAUUUAAUGUGUGUGUGUUUGUAAAUGGAUUUGGGUGAAAUAUUUUUUUAGUAUAAACAAACUAAUUACUUUUCUUGAGAGUGAUUAUGAGGUAAAAAGUCAUUAUCUAAAAGCACUGGAAAACUUGCUAAUUAGUGUAUAAAUAAGUGUUUACAAAUCAUCUAAUCCAUUAUUCUAAUUUCUUGUAGAUAUCAUAUACAUAGAUUUGUGAUUAUAAAAAAAAAAUAUGUAUGCUGUACAUGGUGUACAGCUGUGUGUUUGUGUGUACUGGGAAGGGAGAGUAAAACACAACAGGAAAUACAUUGAUCCACAAAUAAAAUAAUGGAAGGAAACAUUUGUCUCUGCUACUGUUAUGAUAUCUAUUAAACAUAUUUACUUAUAUUUCAGUGUUCCUGGCACCAAGGUUACGUCAGAGGAAGGAAGAGUUGCUUAUUUGACAAAAUAGGGCAUGUUCAGAAAGUUGAUGGCUUUGUGAAAUCACCUGCAGUGCAUCCAUUAAUUGGGCAAUAGAUGUGGUAGAAGAGUUACAGAUUACCUAACACCCCUUUGACCCAGGAGCAAACACAAGUGAACGGCCAAGAUUGGGUGAAGGGCAGGUGCAUAGGCGAUAAUUAGUAAAGAAGCACCAUACCUGCUUAUCUCACGACGAUAUAUAAGAAAGCUAGGGUUGCACCGAUUAAUCGGUAAGUAAUCGGUAAUCGGCCUAAUCGGCCACUUUGCCGAUUAAUCGGUAAUCGGUCUUUUGACCGAUUAAUCGGGGCCGAUUAUUAUUUUUUCUCUCUUUUAUAGUACAGUGUACAUAACACAAUACUAAUAAUGUUAAUGUAAGGAUGGUGAUGUUACCAAAACUCUAAUACCUUUCCACAGCAUUUAUUUCCAACGUCCCUAUGCAAAUGUAUAUUAUGUAAUUCAAAUUGAUAUAUAAAAUUAUGAUAUGAACUGAA